AUGAGAUUCCAACGAGGAUGGUCAUUAAAAGACAUCAACUUAGAAGAUGAAGAGAAAGAUGUUGACAAUGAAAAUGUAUUGAAUACAACCAAAUCAGCUUCUUUCACUGAUGAAAAUGAUCAAGUUACUGAUGGCAACGCAGGUGCUGAGUCUGAUGAGGACAACCAAAUUGAAAACAACAUCAAACAACCAAUAUUAUUGAGAAACGCCAACAAUAAAUAA